UACUCAGGAUUGAUGUCGUCUGCUAUUUACAGCAAUGUAUGAUGGAAGUUCACAGUCACAACGGAGUCUACACGUACGACUUUGGAUGUGGAACCCAAACGGAAUGUCGACAUCAGGGACACUUGAAACGGUCCACAACAUUGAUGUGCCGAACAUGCUGUAGUCUCCACAGCUGUGAAAACACGUAUUGUCACAAUUUUGUGAACCCCGACACGACAGCCGUUGUUCAUACACAAGCUCAUACACAUGCGCCUACACAUGCGCCAACAAGUGCUCCUACAGAUGCACCUACUCAUGCGCCUACUGACGCAACGACACAUGUUGACACCGACUGCCGAGACUAUGAAAGUGAAGUGUUUUCGUGUGCGGAUAUUCAAUGCGACGACCAGAGUUCUGUUGGACACGCCAUAGCUCAUGAAAAGUGUCCCAAAUACUGCGGAUUCUGCCGGGCGACAACUGAUGUCAAUAUGAUAACAGAAAACAAAUGUCGUGACUACGAAAGUGACGUGUUUUCGUGUGCGGAUAUUUACUGCCACGACCAGAGCUCUGUGGGACACGCUAUUGCCCAUGAAAAGUGCGCCAAGCACUGUGGAUUCUGUGGUUCUAAAACCGAUGCCCCUGUAAUUAACACAUCUACAGCACCCGACACUACAAGACCCAGCCUUCCCACAACCGAAGGAACAACGACUGCAAGACCAUGUGUAGACGUGGAGGAAGACAGCUUCAAAUGUGCUGACUGGAAAAGCUUCGGCUUCUGUGACCCCGCUGUCGACGCAGGCUACCAGGUAUCCCUAGUCAAGUGCAGGAAGACUUGCGCGAUUUGCUCUGGAUAAGAUAUGCAGCUAAGCAUUGUUUGCUGACAUGCCGUCUACUCUUGUAAAUUUAUGGAGUAAAACUGCAUGAACUCAUUGA